AUGUAUCAACGUGGCUCGACCCCGCUGGACGAGAAAGUCUGCAGCACCAAUCAAGUCGUCCUUCUGGUUGGGCUACCGGCCGCGGGGAAGUCGUCGCUCUGCGCCCGACUUCAGCGUGAAAUUGGCGACAGGGCACGCUUGGUCUUGCACGAGUACGACAAACUCGAGCAGGAGUUGAGCACCGUUUUUGACCCUGAAAAAUGGCGGGAAGCCCGGGGUGCAGUGGUGACAAAUGUGCGAAACGCGUUGGCUGGAGAAAAGGGACGAGAUCCUGACGACGGCGUAAUAAAAAAGUGCACGAUUCAUCUCCUGGACGACAAUUUCUACCUGCGCUCGAUGCGGAAGCCGUUUUUCCAACUGGCGCGCGAGUUUCGGUGCCAGUACAAAACCAUAACCUUUCGCGCCGGCCUGGAGUCCUGCCUCUUGCGGAACGCCCAGCGACAGGGUCGCGCUCGCGUUCCGGAUGCCAUACUACUCAACAUGGCGGAAGUGCUGGAGGCGCCGACGUCCACAGCUACCAGCCGGGGGUCAACCUGGGAGAAACACGUAGUGAACCUAGACUACGGUGAUAUGAAUGAGGAGGACGCGGCUGGGAGUACUAGAGUGGAGGAUUUUUCGAAGCGCGAGGAGGGCGUCCAAAAGCCACAAUCACUUCCAACAACAAGUUUCGAGGAGGUAGUGGAAUUCAUUUUGACAAGCACGCCCGACGCCGUCCCGAAGCCAGAGCAGGAGCUGUUUCUUGCGGAUAAAGACAAGGACUCUGACUCAAGUGCAGCCGCGCUCGGUGAACUAAAGGACUUGCUGGAAUCCCGCUGCCGGAAGCUUAUCUCCUUGUCCCUGGAGACCGCAGUAGAUGCAACCCAGAAACAGAUGCUGGCAAAGCAACUUGGAGUAGCAAAGAAAGACAUCGCAGCUCGGCUGAAAAGUAAAAUUCAGAGUGAACAUGUGGGUACCGCGGAAAGUACAUCCAGUAUUGAGUCCUUGCAUUUAUUUGCGGACGAGCUGUGCGAUGAGUUCCAGCGAAUAUGCAGAAGCAAGCUGCAAGACGUAACUUUGUCCGCCACCUCAACUGUAGCACAUCGAUGA